GGGGGAACAAAAUAGAGUUCCACGCUGCGACGAUCUAUGUCAUUCUGGGGAGUGAUAAUAUAUUCCACGAAAACGCCCGUCCGCUUCUUUAAUUAUCUAUUUAUUGUCAAACACCAAAACCCCAAAGCUUCGGUUCCUUUAACCUUCCCGAUCAUGGAUGUUGAUUCUCGUCUAUACGAACAAAUUGCAGUCCAUGAAAAUGACAUCCACAACAUCGUUAUGUCGUAUCUUGUGCACAAUUGCUUUAAAGAAACCUUUGAAUCUUUUAUUGCUUGUACUGGGAUGAAGCAGCCUUCUGAUCAUCUUGAGGACAUGGAAAAUAGAAAAAGAAUUUAUCAAUUUGCUUUAGAGGGUAAUGCACUUAAGGCAAUUGAAUUAACUGAACAGCUGGCAACAAAUUUACUAGAGAAAAAUAAGGACCUGUAUUUUGAUCUUCUAAGCCUUCAUUUUGUCGAGCUUGUAUGCUCUAGCAAAUGCACAGAAGCUCUGGAAUUUGCGCAGAUGAAGUUGACCCCUUUUGGGAAGGAGCAAAAAUAUGUUGAAAAGCUUGAAGAUUUUAUGGCUUUGCUUGCAUACGAGGAACCAGAGAAAUCUCCGAUGUUUCACCUGCUUAGUUUGGAGUACCGACAGCAUGUUGCAGAUAGUUUAAAUCGAGCAAUUCUUGCUCAUGCAAACCAUCCAACCUACACGGCAAUGGAACGGCUGGUACAACAAACAACAAUAGUUAGACAAUGCUUAAAUCAAGAGCAUGGAAAGGAUGGGCCGCCACCGUUAUCUUUGAAGGACUUUCUGAACAAUGGCCCUUUGGGUACAUCUAAAUGUUCAUGAACUUUCUGAAGUUUGCCUGAUUGCCUCUUUUCAUGAAUGGUCUGUUAAAGCCUUGAUUUUGCAAUGGGGCCUUUUAAAGUUGGCCUUUUUGAACUUUUAUUUUGAUUUUAGUUCAAUUUGUAUCUGAGAAAGAAGA